AAUUAUUAAAGUUUGAACUAUUUAUAUCAUGCUUGAAUAUCAAUCUCUUCUUGAGGUGGGAGACGGCCGGCAAAAAGAUUAAAUCUACAAACAACAAAACAAAAGAGUUUGGUAAGUCAUUAACAUCUAAAUUUUCAUUGGUUUUAUCUCAUGCACACACAACUACACAAAACAAGAACCUCUACUUAUAAAUCUUUGUCAGAGUUUCUCUAUGUUUUUCAUAGAGAGUGAGUAAAGAAAAUUGUCUGAAAUAAUGGUGAGUAAUAAGCAGGUGAUAUUGAGGAACUAUAUCUCAGCUGGUUUUCCAAAAGAAACUGACCUGUAUGUGACCACUUGUGACAUAGAGUUAAAACUACCAGAGGGCUCAAAUGGGAUUCUUGUGAAGAACUUAUACUUGUCUUGUGAUCCAUCCAUGAGACCAAGAAUGAAGAAAUUGGAAGGAUCCUACGUGAAUUCCUUCACACCAGGUUUGCCUAUAAGUGGAUAUGGAGUUUCUGAAGUUUUGGAUUCUGGGAAUCCAGAGUUCAAGAAGGGAGACUUGGUUUGGGGAAGGACAGGGUGGGAAGAGUACAGUCUGAUUACGGCUCCACAUUUGUUUAAAAUUCAAAACAUAGAUAUGCCCCUUUCCUACUAUAUUGGAAUUCUUGGUAUGCCCGGUAUGACUGCAUAUGUCGGGUUUUAUGAGCUUUGUUCGCCCAAGCAAGGAGAGUUUGUGUUCAUUUCAGCAGCUUCUGGUGCAGUUGGUCAGAUUGUUGGGCAGUUUGCAAAGUUGUUGGGUUGCUACGUCGUUGGAAGUGCUGGAAGCAAAGACAAAGUUGAUCUGCUGAAGAACAAGUUGGGGUUUGAUGAAGCCUUCAACUAUAAAGACGAACCGGAUUUGAAUGUAGCUUUGAAAAGGUACUUUCCUGAAGGCAUUGAUAUAUAUUUUGAGAAUGUCGGGGGAGAGAUGCUUGACGCAGUGCUACUCAACAUGAGAGUCCAUGGUCGAAUUUCUAUAUGUGGAAUGAUCUCACAGUACAACCUUGAGAAGCCCGAAGGAAUACACAACUUGAUACAACUUAUAGUGAAGCGCAUUCGUAUGGAAGGAUUCCUGGUUCUUGAUUACUACCACCUCUAUCCGAAGUUUCUGGAAAUGAUUAUUCCUCAUAUUAAAGAAGGGAAGAUUGUGUAUGUGGAAGACAUCGCCGACGGCCUUGAGAAUGCUCAUACAGCUCUUGUUGGGCUCUUUAAAGGUCAUAAUGUUGGCAAACAAGUGGUUGCUGUCACUCGCAAAUGAAUUUAGCUAGUUUAAAGUUACAGGUUUUCGGAAUGCCAUUGGCUAAGCUAAAGGUACUUGUGUGAUUCAAAUAGUUCUGGUGAUGUUCACAUAAAUUGUUUCUCCUUGUGUAACUAGUCCGAUAAUGUAAG